AGCACUCUGCAUGUUGCCGAGUAGUUAGUAAGAUCUCUGUCAUCGCGGAGUACGCACGUAGCCGCAAACGUUAUGCGACUUACGCCGCUUGCUAACUAAACGUACGUGGUUCACAGAAAUUAUGAGUUUUGGACUGAUCGCCGGCAAAAUAGACAGCGGCAGAUUAUUGGUUCUAUACCGAAAAUUAAGAAUAGUGUCUAGAUAUUGGGAAGUCUUCGGCGAUAUUCCUGCCGCGAGGCUCCCGAAACAGAGGCUACUUUUUGGACUAUAAAAGUUUUUAAGUUUUUUUUUUACAGACACAAUAUAAUAGUAUUAGUGUUAAGUGCAAUAGGUGAACUGUGUUGUGUUGUUUUUAUUUGAGGAUUUUAUUUUUUUUCGGAUUUCCAAAAUGGUUCCUCAGCAAAUUAUUAUUUCGGAUGUGAGGUCUAUAUCACCGACUCCGAGUGGAGUUCCCAUCUUCGGGUCCCAAUUAGUCGACAAAAAUUCGUCGACACCCUACACUGAUGCCACUCAGACGAAAAAGAACAACCCCAACCACAUCAAGAGGCCGAUGAACGCGUUUAUGGUGUGGUCUCAGAUCGAGCGCAGAAAAAUAUGCGAACAAACACCGGACAUGCACAACGCCGAAAUAUCAAAGAACUUGGGGCGAGUUUGGAAAACGUUGAAUGACGAAGAGAGGCAACCGUUCAUAGAUGAGGCGGAGCGACUUAGACAGCUUCAUAUGCGAGAAUAUCCCGAUUACAAGUAUAGACCUCGCAAGAAGACCGCUAAGCCCGCCCCAAGAAAUGGUGGUGUCACGAAGCCCAAACGCAAGCAGCGGGCUGACACAAAUAACAACAGAGGAGUUACCAGGCGACGAUCUCGGCCUACACCUGUAAGCGUCCCCAUGAUGCCUAUGGACACACCAGCUCCUCCAGCCCUGCCCGCAUCUCCGGCGGGGGCGCCCGACUCCCCUGAGUCGGCUUGUCUCUACGACGACAAUUCUCGGCGCGAGCAGACAGACCUUACGGACCUGUAUUCCAUAACGGACCUGCUGCGCCUCCCGGCUGACUGUGAAGUCGACCUAGACGUGCUUACGGACAUGGAGUCGUUCGAGACAGCCUCUUCCUCUUCGGGCUCGCACUUUGAGUUCUCUUGCACGCCGGACGUAUCGGAUAUGCUCAGCGAGAUCGGCGUGACGAGCGAUUGGGACGAGACCGCGUUUUCGUCGUACCUCACGUCGUCUUAGAGUGGUGUGCGGGUCGCCUCGGCCGCUGGCCGGUACCACUGAUCUCAUUUCGAGCCGCCACACGGGGGCCGACGACGCGGCGACCGCUCGCCGCCCCGCCUAGAGAGUGCCUACAUCCAAUCGACGUGUCGACAUUUGGAUUCAAUGUACAAAGUUAUUUAAUAAGAUUUCGAGUGUGAAAUUUCGGUUCUAAUGUCGAUCGGCCGACGUGGCCGCUUUAACUUCGUUUUAUCGUUUAGUUUAUAAAACUAACUGUUGCAACUGGCGUCUGAAAACGCGGCGCCCGGUUUUAAAAAAUAGGCUGUGAGUUGGUUUUUUAAACGUGUUGCUUUUAUUGAUUUUUUCUUUGAAAACAAAUCGUCGGAUAGAUUUCCAAACGGCACGUCUCAGACGCAUCUCAGUAAAAAAUUCCGUCUAACUCUCCGUCGCCUGAUUAGCAAGCCGCGGACACAUCGUUUGCGCACGGUCGUGGAGUCGUGUCGCGUUGUCGCGUCCGUAUAUUCUCUACGAGUACAUUACUCGAGUUGGCUUCUUCAAACUAAGUUCGCGACUCCUUCCUAUCUUACUUUAUUUUAUAACUUUUACACUGUAGAUAUCUUUUUAUUUACGUUCAAACUAAACAUAAUAUUAUAUCAUUCGUAAUAGAAAAUUAAGACUAGGUUAUAGUCAUGUUUGUCUUACGUUUGUACGUAAGUUCACUUUAUACUUUGAUGCACGCAUAGUGAUAGUUUGGUUUAUGAUUUCACUGUCGGAAGCUGAUCGGUAUGCUAUUCGUAAGAAUUCGGAGUGCGGAUCGUAGAGUGGAUAUAGAACAUUGACUAUAUGUGGGAAUGAGCCCUUGCCGCGUGAAUGUUUUCUCUUUUUGAAUCGAGCCAUUCGCGCCCUGCUAUUGCCGGGUAGGUUUUUUACCGUCGCGCGCGUGACUUUUUUCAAAUACAUUAAAUAGAUUCAUGGCAUUGGUAUUGUGUAGGAGUUUGAGUCGAUAUGUCUUGCUAUAUUUACGUUAGGUUGCUUAAGAUAGGGUUAUGUGCGUUGGUAGGGUACGAAAGUUUGUCUAAAGAUAUGACGGCACCUCAGGAUCGAUGCGAAGGGACACUUCAACUUUCUAGUUCAUUUCUUAUGUCUUCAUGCUUCACAAAGUCUAUAGAAAGAUACAUAUCAAAAGGGGGAAUGUACUGUAUCGCGGGUCGGUUAUGAUCGUAAGAACAAAACUAUACUUCUGUCAAACUCAAAUAUUUUGCUGUUUCGAACUCUGUGAUUUACUUUACGGAAUUUCUAAAUUUUAAGAAUAUUAUAGUGGAGACUGAUAUCGCAUAGAUUAGUUUUAGCAGCGCUAGCUUCUCUAUCUUUUUUAAUUUUUAGAACUGGGCAUAACUCUUGAAUGUAAAACGAGACAUAUUUUUGAUAUUUCGCUUCACUGUGGUUAUUCAGUCGCGAGACGUCGAUUUCCAUAGACUAGCGUCCAACAAAAGUAUUUGUAUUUUCGUAAACUGUCAAUUCAUUGGAAAUUAUGUCAGUUACUUGCAUAAUAUUUACAAAUUAGCCUCACUCAUCUUAAGAUAUAUAUUACACUCUGGUUACGCUAUCUCUAGUUUGAUAAUGAAAACGUGUGUGUAGUUACUGUGUCCCUAAUAUAAAACCAAGGGAUCCGUUGUGCUCUAAUCAUUAAAAACAAAAUGCUUUACUUAUACUAUUAUAUUCUUAUAAACAUAUUGUAAAAACUUCGAGUAAUAAUUAGUAAGUGUCUACGAAAUCCAAUUAUUUUUAAAGAUACAUAAAAAUACGCGUUAUCUAUACAUUGUAUUGCAAAUCUGUAAUUUAUACUGUCUACUGUGUGUUGUAGGGCAACAUGAUAUAUUAUUUAUACAAUCGAUACUUAAAGGAUAAAAAAAAUUCGUGCCUAAGAAAAUUUCGAUUUCAAAUGUAUAUUUUAGCGAUGCUCAAGUAUCUUUAUAAGCAAGUAGUUUUGUAGAAGCUGUUAAAAUCUGUGUAAAAUUGUAACACUAAGAUAAUUUCGAUUGCCAGAUUUGCAUUUGAUAUAAUUUGCUACGUGUACGUAAGGGGUCGUAAAAGAAUUACGUAAGCACUAUUGGGGAAGGGGGGGUCUUUGAUUUUCUUAUUUGGUGAUUACGUCAACAGUAAUUAUUUAAUUUUUUACGCAUAUUCCCCACACAUUGUCUAUGCUUGAAAACGAAAAAUUACUACGUUUAUUUACUAUUAUUUGACAAGAGAAUGGGGGGGGGGGGAUAAGAUGCAGUAAAUCUGCUUACGUAAUACUUGAACGGGCCCCUAUUACAAUAGAUUAACUAGGAUUGUUUCCGUCAGUAUCAGCACAUCAAUAUUAAAAAUCCAUCGAGCAAAUCUUUUCUACUCCAUUUAUUUAGAACAUUUGAAUGUAUUUAAUGCUCACAUUUCAAUUUAUCCACAUUCACGUUCUGUGUGCUUUAUUUCACGAGUAUUUUGAAACUUCGACAAUAAAAUUUUACUUGGGUAUAAGUUCGGAACAGACUUACAAGAAUUUCCGUUCGAGUACGUUUUGAAUAUACCUCAGCUUUACCACUGUCGUUUAUUUUUAUGGCUUCUUACGUGCUAAAUUUUGCUUUAACUGCAAAUUUGAAUUCAACGAUUCCAAGCAAUAAAUUUAUAAGUGACACGAACGCUCAAAUUAGUGUUAAAAUCUUCUUUCUUAUUAAAAUUAUAGCAUGUUGUCCGCAAGGCGAGCAUCGUUUUGUCAGCCAAUCGUGGCCUCUUGCUGUGCUAUAUAUUUUGAUUUGAGAGAAGACAUAAUUAUUGACCCCUGAGUAUUUAUAAAACAACAUCGAAUUUAAUAUACGUAGCGCUUGUUGUGGUUCAAUAAUUGGACUUAUCAGGGUUUGACGAUUCAUUUUAAAAUGUAGAGUAACUUCUUCAAUGUCUUACCUGUAACGAGGUAAUAUCCCAAGUUUCUUAUUUUGCUUGAACAUAGGCUUCUUAUCGUAGUGGCUUCGGUCUUUCUACAUAUGUAUGUAAUAAUGUAAAUAAGUAAAAAUUGUUUAUAUUGAAAAAGUCAAAAUAAAGCGACACUGUGAGAAAUAUUAGAUUAUAAAUAUAGUAUGCGUCUCAAAGAAAUAAAUAUCAUAGAGGACGUUGUAGUUGUUGUAGGUUUUGUAUGUAAUAAAGUAUAUUUAUGAAAGAAAUUGUUGUGUACUUCGAAAGCUGUCUAUCUCUUUGUAACUAUGUAAAUCUUAUUUGGAUAACGAUCCACAUAAUGUGUUCUUCGUUCAUUUUUCAAUAUAAGUUCCCUUCAUUCUUCAUUCUCGUUGCAUAUUUUUGUAAAUGAAUUUCUAUCAUAACAUUUCUUCCUCUCUCUCAGCCUAAAAUUGCACCGCUAAUAGCAAAAAUAUAAUAAAACCCUGAUGCUUAAUUCAUAACACAAUAUUAUAAUUUGGAUGUACGAUCAAUGGAGAAUGAAGCUUUCGUUUUUCCUUACUGAUUUUACAUUAAACUACUUAAUGCAAGUAGAAUUUACAGAAUUAUAUGUAAUAAGCGUAUAUUAUAUGACAUAAUGUCUUGUAAAUUCUUUAAAAUGUUAGUGAAUUAUUCACAGAACUGAAAAAAAGGUUGAAAUUAUUCUCGUUAUGUUGUUUGUGAAAAUUGAACUAUAUCUGUAUCAUAUUAUGUAUGUAUUGUUGUUUUUAUAUAAGUAUAAGCGUCUUCUAUAGGGUUUUUAAAACUUUUCCACUUUGAGACACAACGAACCUUUCUGUUAGCACUUACUUAAUCAUAAUUGGUGUCUAUAAUAUAAAAAAUAUUAACCGAUGUUUUGAUACGUCAUACAGUAGUGAUUACCAUAAAAAGUAUCUUGUUGAAGUAGCUGUGUCAUUAACUAUUGGUAAUAUUAAUUAUAUUGAUAAUAUAAUAACAAGAUUCGCACAAUGAAAUCAAGGAACUAACAUAGGUGUAACAAUAAUAGAAGUUAAUGUUAUUAUUACGAGAAAAUAAACAAUUAACGUAAGUGUGAUAGUAUUUGCGUUCCAUGAUUUCUAAAUAGAGUAGUUACCCCCAAAUAUGUAUCGACGCGUACAUCCUUCGCUCCUCCUAGUUUACUAAAAACGAACAGAUAAACAAUAAGUCUAGAUCUAUAUUAUCUGUAUAUUUUUAGUAGUCUAAGGCUUCGAUUGUAUACGCGAUAAAGGCUUUUAAUUUUUGACAUAAUAUUCCAUUUAUUUCUACUGUAAAUAAUUGUAUUGAAACAAAAAUUUUAUAAAAAAAAUGGUCCAUUAAACUUUAUCACGUAAUUAUAAGGUAGUGAUAUAUUAGUAGUUGCAUACGUAUACCUUUUGGAGAAUUGUGUGUGCUUAUUGUUAUUGAAAGUACCUAAUGCCAAACGAAUUUCUACUUUCGAAGCUAAAAAGCAUGGCUUUAAACUUGAAUUUGGACUGUAGUGUUGAUUUCAUCGUCACCUCUGUCUUUGUAAAUAGUAAAUUAAGGCCACAAUUUAAUUUAGAUUUCUGUCACACAUUAGCUGUGUUCCGAAACUUUCUAGUCUUGAUAUUCGGGCAGACUUGUGUUCAUGUAGAUUCGUUCAGACUUUGCGGUGGCCUUUCCAUAAUUGAUACCUGAUUUUUAUUAGAUUUGUUUUUCAAUUGAUACCAAAAAUAAUCGAUGCUGUUAGACACCGUUACCGAUGGAUCUCUAUAUUAAGUAGCACUAAACGAAUAUUGCUUUCGGCUGACCAAAUAGUGGCAACUUGUUCUGUUGUCGGAUUUUGUAUUGGUUCUAAAAUGUAAAUAACUCAUAAACGAAGCACAGUUCUUUUGAACCGGUGUGUAGCACCCUCUGGUGGGGCUUUUCGGAACUAAACUGGCAAAUCGUUCUUUUUAUGUUUAAGUUAUUUUCGUAAAAUUUGUGAACAUCAGGCGUUGUAUAAAUUAUUGUCUCGUAUCUCUUUAGGUACUAUUGCAUAUAAUGUACGUAGUUUUUUAAAAUGUUAAGUAUGAAAUAACAUUACUGUAGUUAUUUUAAGGCGAUCGUGUACAUUUUGUAUCGUACUUUGUUUCAAUAAUAAAUAUAUAUUAUUAUAUGGUAAAAAAUAAAUCAUCCAGUUUAUAAAAAAUAA